AUGGCUUCCGAUUCUGAAUCCGAACAUUCUGAAAUUCAUAAAUCACCUAACACAAAAGUUACAUAUCGCACACUCAAUCCGCGAGAUCCCUACUACCUACAUCCUGGCGAGAAUCCAGGUGCUACGAUUGUCUCUCCUCCUCUUGAUGAUAACAAUUAUCAUAACUGGAGCAAGUCUAUGCGUCGUGCCCUAACAUCCAAGAACAAGCUUUCUUUCAUAAAUGGAAGAAUCAAGAAACCUUCAACAAUCGAUGACAACUACGAACUCUGGGAACGAGCCAACAGUAUGGUGUUAUCUUGGAUAAACAAAACUCUAUCUCCUCACAUCGCUCAAAGUACGAUCUACUUCAAUUCCGCUUUCGAUUUAUGGGAGGACCUUCGUGAAAGAUUCAUAAGAGGUAACCACUUUCGGUUUUCUGAUCUUCUUUGUGAAAUACAUUUUAUACAAGAAGGAGACCGCACCUUAUCUGUUUAUUUCACUGCAUUGAAAAUUUUAUGGGAUGAAUUAGAAGAUCUUAGACCUACACCUUCUUGCACUUGCCCUAAUCCCUGCACCUGUGAUCUAGCUAAGGUUGUCGCAAUUACAAACACAUGGAAUACGUCACGUGUUUCUUAA